UACUUCGUAACGUAGACCCAAGGAGAACAAUAGGACUAAUAUUCUGCACCGACGCUUACUCACGCGUAAUUCAACGAAAAGUAUUUGCUCACAUAAUCUGCACCACAUAAAUAAACUCAUUAUCAAAUAUUAACUAAGCAGGCCUGAUGAGCCAUGCUACCGUGCCCACUUUCCAAACAUGAAUUAAUUCCUACACCUAAAGCUGUUCUUUUACGGAAAUACUACAAGAUAAAAAUCGAUCGUCGUUAACUGAAACGUAAACGUAAUAAAUUCGUUAUAUCUAUAUCUAAUUAUGUAUAAACGAGAUAGACCGUAGAAAGACGAGAUUGAUCGCAGAAAGACGAGAUUGAUCGCAGAAAGACGAAAUAGCUCACAAAGAAGCUAAUUGCAACAGAUAAUACGAGUAUCGCAUAUGAACGUGACCACAGCUUCAAGAAGAAACCGAGUUUGCUCAAGCCGCGUAUCGUGCAUUAUCGAAACUUGUUUUAUUAGUCAUACUUGAUACACCGAUCGGGCCUGGUAAACAACCAACGAAAAGUAACGUGUUUGCCUCUGUCCGCCUCUGAAACCGAUCGAGACGUCCAAGCGGACAGUUGGCGAAUUACCCCCGGUAUUCCACAACGUAAAUGCGCUAUCAGCGGUCAACCGACGACCAUCGAUUUUUGAAAAUAUCUGCGGCACCGGAGAUCCGUCACGAAUAAGCGGCAGUUGAGUGGAUCGAACUGGAAGAAAGUGGACGAAGGCAGCCAAUUAGUGUCCUGUGAGGAAGAUGAAUAAAACGGUGCAUUACGCGUUGGUGGCAUUUUGGGAGAAAUCCGGCUGCAAGAUCGUGGCCGAUUGUUACCCGGUGAAGCAGGAUACAACGUACAGGGCGAUCACGCUCAGCACAAUCGACGGACUGAAGACGUUGGAGAACGAUAAGAUCAGUCUCGAUCGGGACAACUACACGGUGCACGUGCUCAUCGGUGAACUACAUUACGCCUGCCUGACGUUGAAACCGGAUUGUCCUUCGUCAGCAGCCGAGCUGGAAUUCUGUUCCCAGGUGUUCCUCGAGAGAUUGCGAAGCAUUUACAGGGAGCUACCGAUUCUGGCUGAUCUCACGAGGGACCUAACCAAUCUAGCGGUCAUCGAUCUCUCGAAACCUCUAAAGGAGAUAGUCCACGAGUACAAUCAACAAAAUGAAAUACUACCGAAGCUAGAAGGAGAACUGGCGAAAGUCCGAAAAACAUUAAUGGAUGGCCUACAGAAAAUGAUUGACAGGGGCCAGAAGCUCGAUGAACUCGUUCAAAAGACUCAGACCUUGCAGAUUAUGGCUCGAAAGGACUUUCACGUGUUGACAAGAACUUCCAGAAGAAAGAAGGGCAUCGUUAUGACAGCGCUUGCGACCACGUUGAUAUUUUUUGUCACAUCUCUCCUUGUGUUCCUAUUGUAUUCUCUGAUCAGCCUUGCUCAUUAACUUUGAAAUUGUUCCUAAGAAACAUCGCACCGAUGUGUGAAAUGUACUUACGAAUAAACAAUGUAUUAGUCACUUCUGACCUUGUCAAAUAUAUCUUUUCGUGAAUCAACAAC